UCCCAGCAGCCAAAGAACGGAACGCGCGCAUCAUGGGGAGCGUACGCACUGUGGCGCAGGCUACAAGCUAUUAGCACCCGAGGCGUUCGUGGGUUUAAAAAAAACAUUCAAGAAAUAAACCGUGUAGUUGGUGCAAUAGAAGUAAAAGAAACUGCCUACGUGUCAUCGGCAGGAUUAAGGGAUGGAGUUCCCUGUGGACGUGUUGGAUUCAGUGAGGCAAGAGGAGGUGGAGCAGGCAGCAGAGGGCUACAUGACCCAGCUACGAUAUGUCAGCCCCGACAAGACCGAGAGCUUUACCCUGCCCAGCCACAGAAAGAUCAGUAUCGGUCUGUGUAACGUUGGUUUUGUUCCCAUCUAUGGAGGAGACCUGAAGCACAAGGUUAUGGCCCUGUUCUCCCCAGAUGAUCAGCUCACAGCGGUAGCUCUGUACCUGGCAGGACAGUGGUGGUCAGUAGAGGACAUCCUCAGAACCUCUGACUCCUCCAGAACUGGCCUGGUCAAGGUGAGGAGUCUUGGUGAGCGGCUCGUCCUGUACAUUCUGAACCGUAUCGUGUACCGCGUUGGUGAGAUGGACAAACCUGAGGUGCCCUUCCUGUGCCACGGCCAGCACGACUUCGCCAAGCUCCUCUGGAAGGACGGAAACGCUGUCGGGUUCUACUCAGUCAAACCCAAAGACAGCUUGUGUAAUAACUUUGUGACCCAGCGCUACCAGCUUCCUGUCAUGGACUCCAUAUUUGUCAGGAAGUGUCACCGUGGAAACGGCCAUGGCCUGCAGAUGCUGGAGGACUUUGUGGACUCUUUCAAAGACAACCAGCUUGGCCUGAAGUACCCUCUCUCUCUAACCAUGUAUAAAGUGUGUGGCCGGUACCUGUGUCGGUACCCAGCUGACCAGGAUCUGCUGUGGGUGGUAGAGGGAGUGGGAGGACCUUACCAAAGAGAGAAUGUGGCCAGCAAGAUGAAAGCCCUAGCACUGAAAGCGGUGCUCCACGCGGUGACUUCUAACGGAGACCGACGAGCAGCCUCCCUGGACCACACAGACGUCAGCAUGGAGGAGGACAACUUUCUGGACAUCACCGAGGAUGUUUUGGUGGUAAAUACUCCCCUGAAGUUAAUAGAAGCGCUGGAUGGCUCACCCGUGUCAACGCGUAGCAGGAGUAGCGGACAUAAAAAGCGUGGCAGAGAAGAGACGGAAGACUCCACGGAGGAGAGCCAGCCUCUGAAGAUGAACAGAAUGGAGGAUGCAAAGUCUGAGCCCACCAACAUGGCUGUAGAGGAUGGAGGACAGGAGGAGGCGGAAGGAAGAGAGGGGGAGGAGUCUGGAGAGGCAGAGGCUGCUGUGGCCCAGGAAGAGGAGGAGGAGGAGACUGUGACGACCAAAGCUCAGAUUCAGACAUGGGAAAAACAGAUAGUCAAGCUGAACGGAGAACUGACUGAUGGCCAGAGGGAGGAGGUAAAGGAUGGAGUGGAGGGAGAGGCUGUACUGGAGAAUAGAACGACAGAGGAAGACGUGGAGGAGGCGGCAGCAAAGGAGGAAGAGUCCAUCGAGGCUGAAGACAUAUUAGAAGCAGCUCCUGUGGCGACAGAGGGGUUGGCUGAAGCUGUGGAGGAGCAGGAUCCUUUCCCGUUAGUAGACGGUCCAGCGUCUGUUUCAGAGGAGGCCCCCUCGCCUGCAGAACCAUCCCCAGCAGAGCCCUCACUCUCUGGGGAUGUGCGUGAUGAGGUAGAGGGAGGAAAGGACACUGUAGUAGCAACUCCUGUGGCGUCGGAGGGGUUGGCUGUGGUGGAGGAGGAGGCUCCUCUCCUGUUAGUAAAAGAGCUGGCUUCCGCUCCAGAGGAGGCCCCCUCGCCCAUGGAAGGAGAGGAGGUAAAGAGAGAAGAGGUGGAGGAGAGCGCAAUGGAGGAACCAGAAGCGAAGAAGAAAUCGGUGGAGGUCAUAGCGGUCGACCGCAGUAGCCAGGAAACUGUGGUCCAGGUGCUGGGAGGAGACCUGUCCUACCAGCCUCUGGAGGAAGAGGAGGAGGUGGCGAAGGAAGAGGUCCUGGUCGCGAAUGAGGAAAAUAAAGGGGUAGAGGAGAUGGAGAAUGCUACGACUACAGAGAAGUUAGAGGAGGGAAGUGAGAGCUCCGACGAGGGAGGCAAGGGUCAGGCCCUUUGGAGGAGAGUUGGGGGCAGUGGCCCGGCGGCGCCUGAACGUAAAUCUAAGAGACUCAUCGAGCAGGACAGGGAGCAGCCAGAGGUCACAGUGGAAGAGGAGGAGAAGGCUACAACUACAGAGGAGGAGGAAGAAGAGGCUGUAGAGAAGAGUUGGGCUGAGGAAGAGGAGCAGCCACAAGUGAUUGACCAGAGGGCAUUGAGAAGGAAGAGCCGUCCGGUCCAGACUCCAAAUAAAGCCAGAGGGAAACGACACGGCAAGAUCUAAGAACACCAGGCAUGCACAACACACACACACACACACACACACGGUAAUGUUUUCUCUCUGGUUUUAGGGUUUGUAAGGGGUCUAAAGUUUACUUGUAUUAUCUCAGUAUGAUGUUUAGAUGCAUUUACUUUAGGUAGUUCAUUUAUCUUUACAGAAAACGACAAAGAAAGUGUUUGUACAGGAAAACACAGCACUCGCUGUUGUAAUUCGUCAAUGUGAAGUCUUUUAAUGUUGUUCAUAUGUCAUUGUAAUCUUGUUUUUACUGCCUUGUUCUAUAGGACUAUAGGAGUUUAACAGGUCUGUUGUGGUUUGAAUGUGAUUGUCACUCAAAGAUUUUCACGAUCAAACCCAGUUCCAUGUUCUCCUAUAGCCUAGUCCCAUACUCGUCUUGAGGUGCCACUGUUAUAUUUAUAGUCGUUACAAUAUUUAAAUAGUUUUGGUCGAAAUGCACCUCUUUAGUUUAGUUCUUGCAGGAGUUAUUUUCUAAAAAAAUGUCAUUAAAGUUCUGUUCCAAUGAAAGCCAGCAAGACCCAUUAGCUUCCGAAGACCAGUUUUGCUAAUAAACCUUUUUUUUAUGACUAUAUGGAACUCUUAAGGAAGGAAACUUUCAAAGAAUGCCUUCAGUUUUCUCCGUGGUGCACGCCACCUAGCUAUCGUAUCUCUUGGAGUGAUGAAAUGAUAUUUUCCGAUGCGCCUUUCGAAAAGCUGUGAAUGAACGUCAAAUCAUGAUCUUCAGGUUGCACGGCACGUACUCGCGCACAUGCACACACAUGCAUAUUGAUAUGUACACACAGAUACUAUAGUGAAUAUAUCCAUAGAAUGUGUUUUGAAUAGGAACAAUCGAUUUGGACAUUUAUUGAUCUUAAUUUAGCAAUAAAAUAAAACGUUUCUGAUAUCCUAAUAUUGUCUUUCCCAUUCAUAAUUUAAGAUGGCGAUUUAUACUUUGUAAUAUAAUUCAUGGCGUGUUUAAUUGCAAUUGGAUAAAAUAUGUAUAUUACAAUAACUAGAUUAUACCAGAAUUAUGAAGUAACUGAGUUUAUGUACCAUCGAUAUUUUUGAUAUAAACAUUUUGUAAAAUGACAACUUUCACUAUUGGGAGAAAAAAAAGUUGCAACCCAAAUUCCGUUAAUACAAUGUGAAUUGUAUGCCGUCAUUGAGUGUUGAUUCACUAGUAGAGGGCACAUUGAGCCAAAGACGUGAAGCAGAAUGCAUCAAAUGGGCUAUUGUUGUACCAUGGUUAUAGGCCAACCUAUAGAACCUUAACUAGGGCCGUAUUCACUAGGCACCAAACGGACGACCUGAACUUGUUCAAUAAAAUAAAAAAAACACUCCGCUGUGCACUAAUGAAUAUGACCCGUGCUAAAGGAUUGGAUGGUGCUCCCCAGCGUUUAUGAGAUGGUUCUAAGCAGUUGCGUUGACUGUAAAGGUGUUUUCCCUCUGUAUGGAAGGAAACCUGUUCUAGCCUUGGCAGAUCGUGUCAAUGCAACUGUUUGAUGUAAACCAUAGACGUGUGUGUGUGUGUGUGUGUGUGUGUGUAUAUAACUAGUAAUUGACUUGAAAUAGAGUCUCCCCAUUCUAGUAAUUAUGUUUCUAUAAUGUAAACCUUGAUGUCAGAAUGUCAGUCUCACAGAUGGUGUUUUGGGCGACAUGAGUUUUUGGUUUCUCCCUACUACAAAAAAAAAAAAAUCACCAACGCUGCCUCUAUUGUUAAUCUAAUUGCCUUCAUAACAUCUAUUGUAAAAGGCAGAAAUAUAUCAAUUUGUGUAUGACUGAUGUGUGUUCGCUGUGUCCGGGAUAUGUCACAUACAAUGAGCUACAGUGUACAACACCUGGUGGAGCGGCUUCCUCUCCCUAAUCUGCACUGGUCUGAGAACUAGGGGUAAGUGAAGGCAAUGUGGCAGAAUCCUACCAGGGGAUUUUGCUUUCACCUCUCCACUUCCAGAUCAGUGCAGGGGAAGGAAAGGAAAGGAGGCGAGGAGAGGAUGCCACUCUGUACUCUUGAGAUGCUCACCAUGUGGUUGUUGCUGAAAUACCUGUUCUUUCAACCACUGCUAUACUUGUGAAUGGGUUCCAUUAGGUCUUGUUGCUACUCUAUUCUGGUUCCCCCAAAGUGUUUUAAAGGCUUAUUGUGACGCCAUGAAACUGAUGUACAGAAUAUUACACAGCCAUGUUAGUUCUGUUCGUUUUCUGUUGGAAUGUGUUGUGGAUAUGCUGCAACAGCAGAGGGAGCCAGAGUAGGUGUCGUUGAGCUGCGGCGUCGAGUAUAGUAUAUUGCCUGUCUUGACCCUGUUGUAGCGUUUUCAGAUUUGGGUUGAAAAUGGAAGUCCACCACUUGGUGGCACUCACAUUCUGCCACAUUCGGCUGCUGUGGUUCCCUCUGUGUCUGGUGGUUUUAUACAUGCAUGCUUCGUAGAUAUGUCUGACUGGGUUUGUGCUGGUGCUCUCCAAAAAUGAAGGCUGGCUUGCCCCAGGGGCCGUGUUCAGUAGGGUGCAACGUCAGAAAUGGUUUGUUAGCCGGGUACAAAACGCUCCUUAUUUGCAACGUUCAGAACAUUGCACCUUCCUGAAUGUACCUCGUACUACUCUAAAUCAGGCAUCCUUAUUGGCCUCAUUCGCAACCAAUAGACUUUAGACUGUCCUGAAUGGUAAAUGAUGCCCUAUAUAGUGCACGCUUUUGACCAAAGCCCUAUUGGCACUGGUCAAAGGGAGUACAUGGUGCCCUUUAGGGUAGUGUUCUGUUGAUUUAGUUUGCACUGUAAUGUGUACGGUUUGUGGUUGGAGAGAUUAACCGUUUCACCGCCGACACCUAUGCUUAGUCACAGGUACUAUCAGGGUCUCAAUUCAGGAGAUGAAUCCGCAUUUAAAUGAAUUGGAAAGAUGUCUAUUUCAAAAGAAAGAUGUGUGCCUUUUUUUGAAUGGUCCCUGCCUGUGUAAGGGACACCCCCCCCAAUGAGUUUUACAUGUGAUAUUUUUUAACUAAUAAGUAUGAUUUCAAAUCACCUGUAUUCGCUGAGUUAUAAUAGAUUACAACUCAUUCCUGCAUCUUGUCACUUCCACAUACUCUGCCUCUUGUGAUGUUACUGGACCUGUUGGUUUCUCAGCUGUAUUAUCACAGGCUACUCUUCAUCUUAUAUCUUGCAGAACAUAUUUCAAUUUAUGAUUUCCUUCUUAAUAAAAAAUAAAACCAGUUUUUCUGAAAUUACACUUUGGAUUUGCUCGGUGUGUCUAGUAGCCAGAGUGGCUUGACUGUGGAAUCUCAGACUGGCAAACACUUACCUUUUCCCCCUUUUUAGUUUUUUUUAUCGAAUGCAUGCAUCAUUUGAUUGUAUCUGUAUAUCAAGUAAACCUUGUAGAGUGGCCUGUGUAAAAUAAAAAAUGUGUGUGCCAGAGUGAUGGCUCCA